UUUAAAAUGGCCGCGAUGGCCGCCGCGAGGUGUGUCAUCAGCUGUAGAUCCUGAAGCAUUCUGCUGUUGGAUAUAGCAUUGGUCUUUACUAGAGUAAAAGUUUCAAACGUUUACAACAGAUUGAGAAAUCUUUUAGCGCCAAUAGUGGUUUUGCACGCAAUGUGGCAAGAUAUAAACAGAGAAUUCGAAGCUCUUUGUGGAGUUGGAGGAAAACACCAACAUAUGUAUUCUGUGUUCUUUGUAGAUCUUGCGGCUCAUGACGGCGAAUGGAGGAUGAGAACGGGAAAUUGGAAGGUUCGGCUAAAGAUCUUGACGCGGCAUCUUUGAAAGAUGAUAAGAUCGUCGAAUUGAACGAUCAAAUAACCGAGUUGAAACGCGAACUAGAGGCAGCUAGUAAGAAACUUCGGAAGGCUGAAUUUGAACGUGAUAGCGCACAAAGGAGUGUGGAAAAUCUCAAAACUGAAGUGAGAGAUUUAGGAAAAAAGCUGCAAGAAGAGAGAAAGAAGACUUUAGAGGGAAGAAAUAAAAGCAAUGAUCCUCUACAGGCUGAAAGCACGACACAAGGUUUUCUGCCACUUGUUUGCUUGUUUCUUAGUAAUUGAUAUACAUAUCUGUGUGUACCUUUUCUUUGCAGAUGAAGUUUCGGUUAGUCACUGUGGUGAUACUCUGGCACUAAAGUACAGUUACUUUUCUAACAACGGAGUUACUCCCAAUGUAGAUUGCAUUGUUUCAACUACAUACUGCAAGUCUUCUUCAGCCAAUAAUAAUACUGACAACUAGAUCAACACGUCAUCUAUAGUCAAAAUACUGCAUUCCACAUUGAAGUGUCAAUAAUGUGAGACACAAAAAUGUUUCUUUUCUUGGUGAUUAAUGGGUGGAGAUGUAAGUUAAUGGUUUUCUGAGACAAAGUUAACCUCCCUGAGGUACAUGUAUAGGGCUGGAGUAUACCAUACUCUGAGGAAUCAGAACUGUAUCUCUUAUUGCAACUUUUGAAAUAUUUUAUAUGUAGAGGCUUCAAUUGGCAGUAACAAGAAGAAAAGCUGGCUAUCAGGUGGUCAUGGAAGCAAGGUAAAAAAAUUGCUCUCAAUUGGGCUUUUAAUAUUCAAUGAAGAAUUGCUGAAAAGUACAGCACUGCUGCUAACAUGCAUUUACAUGUACCAUCCAUAUUUACCAUUUACAUGUACCACCCAUAUUUUUGUGGGAAAAUGUGAUGGGUACAUUAAGGAGUGAAUGUCAGGCUACAGUUACUAUACAUGUAUGUGAAAGCAAUGCUUCUUUUAUUUAUCCACUUAUGUUAAAAUUUCUACAGGACCUCAAAGAGUCAUUAGAACAAGCAGCUGCUGAUGCCAUGUCUCUUGGUGGAUUUGUUUAUGAUGAAAGGACAGGAUUAUACUAUGACUGGAACACAGGUUACUAUUAUGACCCAGUAAGUUUUGAAGCUUGUUAUGUCUUGAUUAUCUAAAAGCAGACCUUAUUCUCAAAUUUGAUUGAAGGGAACUGCAAAGGCUGUCUAUUGCAUAGCUAUAAGUUUUAACAACAGACUCUCUAUUAAAGAUGAUAGAUGUGUCAAUGAAAUAUUCACACAAAAGGCUUUUAUUUAUAGUGUAAGGUAGUGACAGCAAGCUGCAGUUCAAUUUUUUGUAUAUGUACAUUGUAUAGGUAUAUUUUCUUACAUAAAUUUACAAUAUCAUCAUAAAAGGAAAUAAAAAUGAAGCGAGAAAAUGUCACAGAUCCAUAUUCUUAAGUUUUAUAUAAUUCAGUUUAACUACAGCUGUAAUGUUGUACAUCUUUGUUAUCUUCCACUGAUAGAUCUUCACUAAAUGUCCUGAAUGUGUCAUAAUUCAUUACAUUUGUGACAUCCAUGAAACUGUUACUCUAAAAUUAAAAUGAUGAGUUUCCUUUGUUUGCUUUCAGAAUAGCCGUUUAUACUAUGAAAACACUACAGGAACAUACUACUAUUAUGAUGAACAAAGUGCUACUUACAAGUUUCACUCCAAAGUUGAUUUGUCCUGUAAUCUUGAAGAAGCAGCAUCAACAGAAAUAAAAAAUGACGAGGAUGAAAGAGAGAGUGGCGAAGAAACCAGCGAUGACGAGGAAAAAAAUGACAAGGAUUCAGAGAGUUAGUGGCUCUUUAAUUAUAAAUUCUGUAGUAUACAUGAAGGGCUGUUUUUAGGAAAGUUUCUGUAAAGGUGCAAUGAUGUUUUAUAGGAGGUGAUUGCAUAUAGGUUACAUUCAUCUGGGACUGGACAAAUUUUCGUGGGUUAAAAAGUUUUGCCUGAAAUUUUGUUCUUAUAGAACUACAAGUAGUAAAUAUCUCAACUUGGUUUGCUCAUAACUGAGUGACCAGUUGAACCUGUUUAAUGGGUUUAUGACCCAACUGUGCAUACAAUGUUGCUUUCUGCAUUCUAAAAUAUUGCAGGGUUUUUAUUGUGCACCCAUAUGUAUAUGUAGCCAUGCCCUUGCUAUGCAAAAAUUUUAAAUGGUCAUGAUGUUCACACCAUAAAGUGUAAUUUUGGAGACCAUCUAGAUAAUAUGUUAAAACCAUCAAAAGUAAUUUUUUAUUUGUGUGUGCUGUGUUCAUUUAUUGUGAACUUGGUAAAUUAAUUGUGUAAGGUUUUUUUUUUUUUUUUUUUUUUUUGCAGUUACAGAGGUGCAGUUUCCUUGCAUCAGAGCCAUUGUAAUCAAGUCUUUGAAAAUGAAAGUCGGAAGUCUCUUUAUUGUAACUUGUACUGGAGGAACAAUUGGCAGGUGUGUGUCAAUGACUAUUUUAAUGGGUGACCAUAGUAAUUAAAACAAUUGUUUUGUUAAAUACAUAAUAAUAUCUCCUAAUUUUUUUCCUUCUAUUAUGAUGCAGAACAAAAAUAACCAACACCUAAGUGAAUGCUGGACCACAAUAAAAAUUUCAUACAACAUUUGGAUUUAGGAGAUUUAUCAUUAAUUCUCUUUGCGGUAUUAAAAAAAACCUUUGCCUUCUUACUGGGUGUACUUUAAAAGAAAUUUAAUGCGGUUUUCUCUUGUAGAGAAAAAGAUAUGUCACAUGUUAUACGACUCCCUGAUUUUGAAGUCAGUAAGGUAUGCAGCACUCAUUUGUGGUUAGUUCUAAGCAAACAUCUAAUUGCUGAGAGCAUCAUUGUUUUGUUGAUGCAUUCACAUUUUUCAUGAUUUGUUCAGCUGCAGUGUAACAUUGAGUUUGACAAAGAAAGGAGACAGUACUUCAUCUGUGAUGUUGGAAGCAGAAAUGGAACAUUCCUUAAUGGAUCAAGACUUUCAGAGGUACACUGUAAUCAUCAAAAUUAUAAACAUCAACCCACUCUGGUUCAAACUGAUCAUUGUGAAUCAAACUCUUUAUUGAUUCUUGAAGACCUUAAAUUGAUAAACAGACAAUAAUGGCAGUGAUUAAUGUAUAAUGUGGACAUUUUGUGAUUUUAUUAUGAAAUCAUCAGAGCAAACAAAAGAGCCAGCUGCAGGUCAUUACUCACGGUGACGAGCUGACCCUGGGAACCACCACAUUUCAUUUGCAUAUCCACCCAGGAACACAAACAUGUGACUCCUGUGAGCCUGGCCAGGUACAGGCCCUGGCACAUCAAGGCACCUCAACUACUGUGGAUGACGAUGGUACUGUUGUUGUUUGUUACUGUUUGUAGGUUUUGUGCAGCAUAUGAACCAAACGUAGACAGUUAUGAAGUUUUUUGUUUUUUAAUAAUGUUGACAAUUUUAUUGUUUCUAAGGUUUUUGUGAAAAUAUGAGUUUUUCAUGGAUACUUACUGUACUUGUAUGAAAAAGGUGAAACAGAAUAUUAGCAAUUGGCAUCUAGUUCAAACUGUUUCUUAGGUUAUUACAGACUGAGUGCACAUGAUUGGUUGGUAUUGUAAGUUGAUUAUGUUGGAUGAUACAAGUAGAUUGGUUGGUUUAUCCCCUGAGCCAGUCUGAUGGAGCUUACAAAGUGUCCCUCUUCUUGUACAUGUAUGUGUGUUAUAUCAUCAGUUUGCUCAACCAAGCAAGGAGAAACUGUGUGAUAGAGUGCUACAACAACAACAACAACAACUUUAUUUUUUUCGCCCCAAAAUAUACAAGAAAGAAAAAUUUAUAAUAAUAGUACAGACAAUGAUAGGGGCGCUGGCUGCCCGAAAUAACCUAAGAGUUAAAAAUGCCAGGCAGCCAGUGCUGGUGAAAAAUUGAAAAUUUGGUUACUCUGUACAUUCCGUUGCCGUUUGAGAGUUGACUUUUAGCACCAGGUGUAGGUAGGUACGUACGUUUGCCAAGUAACUUUUCGAAAUUGGGCAAUUUUCAACUGAGUGUCGCAAGAAAUCAGUGAUUGCACUGGGUUUGCUUUACUUUGCUCUGUAAUUGGUCCAGACAUCUUGCCCCACCAUCUCAACCAAUCAGGCAUAAAAGUUGCUGCUUUGUACUAUAACAGCCUCCGUUUGUUUAGGGCUUCUUUAGUUGGGCGGCUUUGAAGGACUGUAAUAGUGGAUCGUCUUUCUUGUAAGUCUUCUUUUUGUGGUAGAAGUCAAACACUUCGUCCUUUUUAAUGGCGAUCAUUUCUCCGUAGUCUAUAUUCCCGUCAUUGUCUGUAUCUAGAAUUCGAACGAGCUUCUUCAGCUGCUUUCUAGUCAUUGGUAUUCCAGCUUUCUUUACUCCGUUCAUGAAUUCUGCUCUAGAGAUCUUUUUACUGUUGUCCUUGUCUAACUGGCGGAAAAAGUCUACCACCCGAAGACCUCUGAGCUCGAUGUACUCCAAGAGCAAAUUAAGAACGUCCUGCAAAAAGAGGAGAAAACUUGAUUGCUAUAAUUUCUGGGAAAAUUGUUCACCUAUCUCAACUUGGAUAGCAACUUAGUGGUAAACGGCAGGUUUUUCUCUCAAACAUUUUCCCGCCUUUCCGACUGUAAUGUGAAAAUUCCGCAACCAGCUUUUCCUUUUUUUCUGCUGUCAGUUGAAAAAAAACCGCCGUCUUUAAAUUAAUUUUCCUCUUCCGUACCUAUGAAAAAUUUCUCGAUUCAUCUGCAAUUUUAAGAAUGAAUAAUUUGUUAUCUUCGACUGCUCAUCGUAAGUCAGAAGUAGCUAUUUUUGCCGUAUUGUCCGUAAAUGAUAGGGGUCAGUUGUGUGGACUGACAAAACUGGUUCUAGCCAAAUUGAGUUCUCCCCUUCAAGUGAAAUCAGUCUGAUUAUCCCAGCUCAUUUCCUCUUCGCCUCGCAAAGCGCUUUUUGCUUACUCACCACUUUUUUCUUCAUUCUCUUAACCCUGUCCUUCCCUUUCAUGGCCGUUCCACACUGAACACUCAGAUUCGGUCUCUCAUCCAACACUUCCUCCAGUAAGUCCUCAAACUCGGCAUUCACAGGAAUGUCGUCGAAAUACAAUUCUUCAAUGGCGCUCUCUUUAUUUUUCGCAAUGGCGCUCAAGAUCUCAUAAGCACCCUCACUCUGGAACGGGUUCUGUCCGAUGCGUAAGAUCUGCAGGGUUGAAUUUUUAGCCAGCCCGUUUGCCAGACUCUUUGCUCCAGCGACAGAUAUCCGGUUACUAGAAAUAUCAAGCUCAGUCAGAGUGUUGUUCUCGCUCAGUGCUUCGCCGAUUGCUUUCGCGCCGUCGUCUGCGAAGCCAUUCCAUGACAAGUCCAGAAAUUUUAACGCGCAGUUGUUUCUCAAUCCAUAAGCAACGGCAAUCGCUCCUUGCCUUCUGAAGUGAUUCCAACUCAAAUCGAGAUACUCUAGACCAACGUUGGCGUCAAUUGCUGGGCCUAGCAGUCGUCCACCCAUUUCACAGAAGCGAUUAUGACUCAGAUUCAAUGAUUUCAGAGUGUAAUUCUGCUUCAUAGCUUCCACUAUAGGUUCAGCGUCUUUUUCCUGGAAACCGUUAUUCGAGAGGUUAAGCUCAAGGAGUUCGGAGUUCUCUCUUAGCAUUUCUGACAUAGCAUACGCCCCUUGCGUGCGCAGAUCAUUCUGCGAGACGUCCAGUUCUGUAAUAUACGGGUUCUCGGUUAGCAUCUUGGCCAUGUAGAUAGCCCCGUCUGCACCGAUGCAAUUAUCAGCAAUAUUCACCGACAGCACUUUUGUAUUUUGCAUCAGCGCUACCGCCACUGCUUCGGCUCCAAGCGACCCAAGAUUGUAAUGCUUCAGAUUCAUCUCUGCCUUACCGAUUUGCUUGAGAAACGGAGUGCAAGGGAUCAGGCCAAGAUUUUUACAGGCUGUCAGAUAAUUUUCCCUUCCUUGGUUAUUUUCCUGAGGAUCUUCCUCUAUGAAAUCGUUUUCUAAGUCUGUGUCGUAUUCAUCAUCACUACUAUCUGCUGUUUUUUCUGGAUGUACAGGCUCAACCGCCGGGAUUUCUUCUACCGUUUCGAGCGCCGUGGGUGGCACUUGUCUUAUGCAGUCCACCUGAACUGGAUACUUUGUUGACAUAGCUGCUGAGACUGCAGAGCAAACAAAAAUAGUGAGAUAAGAAUCGAACCUAUAUAUGGUUUGAAAUGCCCUUUCUUCCGGCUUUAAUACGUCGAAAGUUUGACAGGUCAAAUUUUCAAGAAUCCUGUCAUAUCAGAAAUCUCGAGUUAAAAUAAAUCAAGUUAAUAUCGUUUUAAAUCAUUUCCCGUACAUUUAUUUAAUAACAGCGCUUGAUAUUUUACUCAGAAGCUAAAUAACUGUCAAAUAUGAAGGUAAAGUAUUCUUUUAACCAAAAUUGAAGCGAGAUGUUAUUAGGGAGUACAAUUUCACCUGAGUUGCCUUGUUCUUUGUUAUUCUGUCUGCGUUCUUAAUGUAACUGAUGCUUCAUAGAUCCUUGGUAAAGGCACCUUAUAUUGAUAAGUUGUUAAUGCUGUUACCCAUUCCAAAUAAGCUAGUCCUUAUGCUAAGCAUCAUUCGGAAGAGAAAUAAAUUUUCGUUUCUCGAGUGACUCACCGCAUGUGAAAUCCUGAAUCACUUAUUCAAAACAGCUAGGGUAUGCUAAAUGACUGAGGCAUUUAAACAAUUUGUUGCUAAGGAAAACGAAAAGUUACUGCUGUGAAGACAAAACACAGGUUGAGCGUUGGAGAGAUCUCGACCAAUGAUAUUUUUCCCUGCAGCAUAAGGCCUUUGUCUAGAAAUGUGCAAAUAUGAAUUAUUCAUUGCACACGUAAACACACGACAGGUGGAAUAUGUUAUGUUUACUGUUAACAUUUACAUUUAUCGGGUUUUAAGGAACUUUCAGUCCACGAGAAAGAUUUGUUUUUGUUGAAAAGGCAGAGACAAUGUACCUUUCCGAUAAUAAAAGACGAUGUGUGGCCAACCGAUUGACUCUGAAAUUUUUUACUUUAUUUUUUUUUCUUUUUUAACAUAUGCAAAGAGUAGAUAGGCUUAGCCAGGAAUUAAAAUAAGGUUUGCAGCUUGUAGUUUAUGGACCCUUUUUAGUGAUUAAGGGAACAAAUUCGUCAAUUUGAGUGGGGAAGACGGGAAGAAUUAAUAUUAGACCAUGAAAUUGAUUCAGGUGAUGAACAUUUGCGAUAAAGUUCGCUUAGUACUUAAAAUAUUCGUUCUCUUAUGUAUUUAUUUUCAAUGCAGAUGUAUGCCGAAUUAAUAUAAUUUAUUCAAGUCAAUAUGAAUAUUUUGGGCAAAGAAGUUUCUUGUCCUGGCUGGGCGCCUCAUUAAAAUUGAUUAGCUUGGUCAAUGACGCGGUUUUCAUGUGGCAGUCAUUUGAAAUACAGCUGAAGCGUGAUGGGCGAUAAGGAUUCACAUCUUUAAGGUGUUAUUUUUAUCGUCCAUUAGGAUUUGCGUGUAAAGAUACCUUAAAGUUGUUAUUCCCUACAAAUUUAAACGUUAACGUUCAGAAACACAGUGUGAAGUACGAGUACUUGUAUGGUCCUCAUCGUCUAUAGGUUUUGUAAAUUAGAAUGGUUAAUGUUGAUGAUGGUGUUCUUUUUGAUCAAGCAAUUCUAUCGAUUUCCAAAUAAAGAAUGUUGUUUGGACUUCGAAAAUUCAUCAACAAUUUAGAAAGCUUCCUUCCAAUUCCGUAAAAGACUUUAAAAAUGCAUAAUACAUUAGUUGUCUUAAUAAUCAUGGAGAUCGUUGUUUGUAGCCAUCUUCGUGACCAAUUCACAUCCAUGAUUUCAAACGCUUAGAGGUGUGGUAAACUCUUGCGCACUACAUGCACCAUCAAAAUUUGGUUUUAUUGGCUUUAAAGUUGUUAUUAAGGGAUAGGAAAGUAAAAAAAAACCUUCGUACUUUUGUCAUGUGUAGAAGGCUUAGUAAGGUAGAAACAGAUUACGCUAAUUUUUCAAUUACUUAUGUCAGUGAAUUUGGUAUUAUCAGCUGAGUUGAUAACGUAAAUUGGCCACCGUUUAGAGUUUCAUAGCCAAUUUACGGUAUCAACUCAGUUUAUAAUAACAAAUUACCUUGUUAUACUGUCCCACCGACGCAGCGCCACAGUUUCUUUAGAAACUUACCUAUUUUGUCCACUUAUUAAAGUGGUCUGUCAGUUUCUUUGAAUUUGCUUCCUUUUCUUUUUACAGUUACCAUUACAAAAGUUGUUCCCGGAGAUAGAUCGUUAAAUUCACUUUCAGUUCAAGAACAGAGGAAAUCAGAACUGAAGAGAAUCAAGAGAGCUUACGCGUUAGAGGUGAGCCUUAUUUCUUUUGUAAGCUCUAGAGAGAAUUUUUCACUUAGUUCACAUUUCGGGGCAAACUUUCAAGCAAGUGUCGACAGCAAUCUACGAAUGUUUUGGAUUUGAUUCAUUACGCUCAGUAAUUGGUUUACAAAUCUCAUGCCACCUUCUCAACAUUACAAAACAAAUGCAAAUAAAUGGUCGUCGGAAGUGGACUGCGGUUUAAGCAGUUGCAGAAAAGAAGCCUGAAAAAAUUCAGGCGUCGAUAGGAUUCGAGCCCGUGCAUCCCUAGUACUAGUUGGUGCCAUUAUCAACUCAGCUACGAAGCCAUACAUUGGGAGCGAGGCAAAUUUUAAUGGCUUCAUCUUUCCCCUCAAAGAAAGCUGAUCUCCUUCAGUUCGGCGUUGAAAACCAGUCCUAAAGAAUGGUAAUUCCCGUGUAUCUCUCGUUAUGGCCGACCAUGUUAGCGUACUCUCAUCAAGACCUCUUGGUUCAUUAUGAAAUCUAGCUUUUAAAAUGUAUUUUCUACUUCAGGAUUCAACUUAUUGUGAACAACCUACCGAUGGAACUCUUGCAGGAAAAUACAAAAAUCGUGCAGAAGUCAGGUUGGCUUUAAUAACUUUUAGCUGAGUUCUGGUUUCAUUUUAUCGUUGCCAAAUGGUCUUCAUCCUUCAGCCCAGAUCUGAUACGUGUACUUAACAGUUAAAAGUACACUCAGCAAUUUUUAUGAUGUUCCUCUUGAUGGUGAUUUUGUUUUUACUUGGAUGUUAGACGCACCAAAGUGGGAAGUGACGUUCCUGUUGCGACUGCUGACGAUCUCCCAGCAUCCGUUCACCGGUAAAAUGUGUUUUGAUGUAGUGUGAGUGUAUUCUGCUGAUUGAACAUCAAGGGGAACUGCUAAUGAAAAACAGUGUCAGCUUUUGCACUUUAUUUCACGUGUUGGUUAUGAGGAGUAAACUGGGUGGUCUUUUUGUUCUCUGUUCGCCCUCUUAUUGCAUUGCUUUUUAUUUUCUACCGUGAGGAAAGCUGACAUAAAGCAAUCGUUUGCCGCUGACAUCACCGGUUUGAUUUGCCUUGGCUUGGUUUGGUUUUGUUGCUUGUUUUCCUUUUCUUCUUUCUAGGCUUUUGGUGAAAGUUGCUUCGCAAAAUCUGUUUAUAUCCGGAUAUCUUCAUUUUCAAAUACCUUGUACCCUAAUUUUUUCAUGUUUUCAGGCCAAUCAAAGAAGAAAAUGUUGGACGCAAAAUGUUGGAAAAGAUGGGCUGGAAAGAAGGAGAGGGCCUAGGACGAGAGGGAGCAGGUCGCCUUGAACCUGUAAGGAUUUACGAAUUUUUUUUUGGAUAAGGACACAGGAGUCAGUUUUAACAGCUCUGGGCCAAGGAGCUUGUGUUACAAUAUUACUUUAGCCGAUUUUGAGUAAUGAAAAUAUACAAAAUAGAACUGAUGUUAAUUUGGCUCUGACACUCACACUUUUCUCACGCAAAACUUUCCUUUUUUCUAUUUUUCUUCAGGUAACAGUCGAAGUCCGUGACAGUCUCCGAGGUCUUGGUUCGGGUGUUAAAAGGAGCAUUGAUGACGUCGAUAGCAAAAGUUACAUCCGGGCUAAAACAAGAGAGAGGUUCGAACAGCCAAAAUCGGCAACUUCCGGUACAGUGAAAUUCGUGGCUGCCGACACCACUCGACCAGAAAAGGAAUCAUCGUCAAACUUCAACGAAAUUAAUGACAUUUCUGUAGAGAAACCUGGAAGUAGUCAAGAGUUACCGCUGACGCUGAAGACGGAAGAAUUGGAUAUUUUUGCAGAGUGA